AGUGGGGUCAGACGAGUCGUCGUUUUUACAGUUUCCUGAUUCACUAUUCUAACAGCUGAUUCUGUCGACGAAGGCGCAGGUUUAUGCUGAGUUUGGUCUUUUGCUUCGGAUUUCGAUGCGGCGAUUAUAAUUGAUGGUUUGUGGGUGGAAGGAAGUCUAAAGACUUGAUAGUAACGGUGGAAGCGAGGACGUUAGUUAGUACUUCGAAAAUGGGCGAAUCUCUUUUUUCUGGCUUUUCCGUUGUCAUUUUCUUCAUCCACUUUCGAAACACUGAUGGAACAUGGCUUGUUGAUAAUUUCGUUGAACCUACCUUGGAUUAUCCCGGAAAAGAACACGCGGACUGUAGAUUGUUUACUAGAGUAUUUUCUUUCAACCGGGGAUCAGGUUGCUCGAACUCUUGCUCAGGUCAUGCUUUUUUCGAAGUUCAACCUUGUUUGUUGGUCCUGACUGCAGUGCUGCGCAUGCACCGCCUCAAGGCCACCCGCAGAUCUCUAAUGAGCCCCACAAGUAGCCUCCAAAGAAAACCAAAAACGACGAAAGUGCACUAUACGAAUGGCAGUAUCAACCGGGGUGGGGAGACGUGGAGUUAGCCUGCAGUAAGGCUGAUUUGGUGGCCUGAGAGGUAUGUUGCUGCCUAGCGACGGAUAAAUAUCCCUAGCAAUGUCACACUUCUCAUCGUUACAUCGCACUCGCAACUAUCUGUUCACCAUCCCCAAACUCGGUAUUAAGGUUCCAUUCGCGAUCCAACACGCACC